AUUUCAGUUCACAAGAAGAGUGCGAGAGUAUAAACAUGGCGGAAGUGGAUAAAAGUGAUCAGAACAAACAUGUUAAAGAUAAACGUCUAGAAAUGGAAGAAAAUUCAAAUAAGAUGAAAAAGAGACAUAUACAAUGCUCUGGAUACUUUCAGACUUCCGACAUUCCGGAAUUAAAGAGUUUGAUUGGACUUUGCCAGUAUUGCAAAUCUGAGGGCAAGAGUAGAACGAGUGAAAAUUUUUUCCGAAUAGAGGUACUAAAAGAUUUUGAGGCUGACCUGAAGAAAUCGCUGCUUGACAAAGAAAAAGACCGAAGCGAUCAUUCUGAACCUGACAUGAAGAUGGAGAUAGUAGACGUCAAGAAGCAUAAGAAAGAGAUAAAGAAACGAAAAAGAUCCAUUUCAAGGGUUUUUGGUAAAAAAAGACUUGUUAUCACCCCAUCCGAACAACAAAAUAUUGAAUCGAUUCAAAAAGCAACAAGUUUUAAUAAAACAACAAGUUUUGAAUCCCAAAAAGAAGGUACAGAAAAUACUAAUGACGAAUCAGAAAAUCUUGAUUUGUUGCUAGAACUGAAAGUUCAUGAAAUUGAGCCCGAAACAGAAAAUACAAAUAAAUGCCAUGAACCACAAAUUCAAAACACUACCCCUGCUGUGGACCAAUCCCAAGAAACUUGGAAUAAGAUAAUUUCUGAGAAAGUGGAUAACAAUAUGAAAGGAUUACUAACUGAACCUAAUGAUGAAGUUAUGAACUAUGGCACCAUUUCAAAUUCUCCAACGUAUCCUCAACUCUAUAAUGAACACCGCACAUCUGCAAUCACUGUCCAAAUUGUAAAAAAUGUAGAAGGAAUCAAGGAACAAUCUGAACUAUUAGAAGUUAAACAAUCUGAUCAGUGUCAGUACAGCAAUUUUAAAGAGAAAUAUCAAGUUGAAGAGAAACAAUCUGCUCAGUGUCAGUACAGCAAUUUUAAAGAGAAAUAUCAAGUUGAAGAGAAACAAUCUGCUCAGUGUCAGUACAGCAAUUUUAAAGAGAAAUAUCAAGUUGAAGAGAAACAAUCUGCUCAGUGUCAGUACAGCAAUUUUAAAGAGAAAUAUCAAGUUGAAGAGAAACAAUCUGAUCAGUGUCAGUACAGCAAUUUUAAAGAGAAAUCUCAAGUUGAAGUUAAACAAUCUGAUCAGUGUCAGUACAGCAAUUUUAAAGAGAAAUCUCAAGUUGAAGAGAAACAAUCAGUGAUAAAGAGCAACCCCUACAAGUUCAGCCAAGAAACUCAUCAACACUAUAAAGUCCGAUUGAAUGAAGGAAACCAAGACGAAAAGGGGAUUCUGAUAGAAGAGGAGAUACAGAAUGAUGAUGAUAAUGAGGAAAAGGAGAUUCUGAAAGAAGAGCAGAUACAGAAUGAUGAUGAUGAUGAUGAAAAGGAUGAAGAUAAUCUCCAGCUGAUCAAUGAAAAUCUGAAGAUUGAUAUUCCCCAAGAUGAAGCUGAUAUAAAUGUUCAAUCAGACUGUGAGGACAUGAGAAUUAUACCAGGAGGGGAGGUUCAAACUGAAACACCACUGAAGAGAAAAAGAGGAAGACCAAGGAAAAUCGUUGCAGAAGAAAUCCUAAAAAAUAGGAAGAAACUAAGUGAAUCUACAAAAAAGAAGAUUUCUGAGAAUAACAAGAAGUUUAGCAUUUGUAAACUUUGUGGAAGCCAUUGCAAAGGAUUUAGAGGUCUUGUGGAUCACAUGUACAGAGAUCACCCGACCCAUAAACCAUGGUCAUGUACAUACUGUCCUGUACAGACUCCUUUUGUGAAAACACUGUAUAGACAUUUGAAAGUUGUUCAUCAGGUUAAUGAAAGCUUUUGUUCGAUCUGUGGGAAAAAAUACAGCAGGGCUCAGUCAAUGCUAGCUCACAUGAAUAGACAUACUUCUCUUCCUGAUGAUUUCAGCUGUGCAAUAUGCCAUGAUAUCUUCAAUACUAAAGAAAAACUUGAAAUUCACGUGGGCAAGCAGCACAAUGAUGGAUUUAAGUGUAAUCAUUGUGAAAAAUCAUUUUGUGAAAUGAGUACAUUGAGAGAACAUAGAAAAAUCCACACAAGUAGAGAACGACCUUUCCAGUGCAACCAGUGUGGAACAACAUUCACCUUUAUUUCAACCUUUAACUCACAUAUGAAGAUGCAUCUCAGGAAGGAAGGUUUGACAGAGGAUGAAUCUAGUAUGCCCCUCUACUAUCCCUGUGAUAUAUGUGAUAAAUCAUACGUGAAUGCUGCUGGAUUAAAACUACACAAGCGACAUGUUCAUGACAAAUUUUCAGAAAAUUUUCCCUGUGAUGUUUGCGGUAAAUCAUUCAGAAGGAGAGAGUUGCUAAAACAACACUAUGAGAGAAACCAUACUGAUACUCCAAAGUUUUCAUGUGAGUUCUGUGGUCAGAGAUUUGGAAGAAAAUAUCACUUGAAACGUCACAUAACCAUUCAUUCUGGCGAGGGAUUCCCUUGUGAUCUAUGCAGUAGGGUUCUGAAGAGGGAGGAUAGUCUAAAACUGCACAGAAAGUCUCAUAGUACCAAAGUGGGUUUGGAAGAUGAAGACUCGCUUCCUGGUUUAGAUUAUUUAGAGGAGGUGCAGGGCAAAACAGAGGAGAUCUCUUCAAAACAUUCUAAAAAUAAGUGUGAUCUUGAAUCAAAGAGCCUGAAUCAGUCAAUCCAUGUACUUGAAACCUUGAAUUUUCCUCAGAAUCUACAGCCUCAAGUAAUGACUCUAUCUGACGCACCGAAGGCUUCAGAUGCUGAUCAAGCACUGCAAAACCAUUUGGAACCCCUUGACGCCUUUAUUCUUGAGAGACAGUCUUUUCUCAACAGAAAUAUUGAUCCAAGUAAACUAGGAGUGUUAGAAGUUCCAGUAAAAAAUACUAAUGUUUUAAAUGAUGAUCUUCAGAUGCCUAAUCAAAGGCAGAUAAACUUGCUUGAUCAAAUAAAUGAUCAUCAACCCGUGUUCCCUCAUCAAGGAGAAUCUUCAACACCAUAUCACAACACGGUGAAGAGGCCGAUACCAAGAAGAUUUCCUAUUUCCACAUUUUUACCCUUUGAAGGUUCAAAUGUUGAAUCUGUUUCAACGGUGGCUCAAGACGUUCCAUUCCCAGAAAUAGGAAUUAUUGAAGAACCAUGUAAGAAUAUCACAGAGGCUUUAUUCCCGGUGGAACAUGACAUCAGUAUUCUUCAAGAGGAACAGGAGAGACUUGAAGCAAGGACCCCUUUUCUGGAGGAACUUUCCAGGUCAGUAAGUCCUCUGAGUAAUGCUGAUGUAAACAGAGUGCUUUGUCUGCCACCUCAGGACCAGAUCUCUGAUAAUAUUCCUAUUCUUGAGCCACACAUGUCUACUCCUAUCAAUAGGUCAUCAGAUCAUAUUGAGCUUACUAUUGCAAACAGUAUCCAACCCAGGCGAUCAGUUAUCAUGAUGAAUAAGAAAAAAGGAGAUAUAUUUUAAAUGCAGAAAUUAUAAAAUCAAAUUUUAAUAGCAAAAAUUAUAAAAUCAUAUUGUAAAU